UCCAAGAUGGUAGACUACUACGAGGUGCUGGGCGUGCCCCGCCAGGCCUCGUCAGAAGCCAUCAAGAAGGCGUACCGCAAACUGGCGCUCAAGUGGCACCCGGACAAAAACCCCGAGAACAAGGAGGAGGCGGAGAGGCGAUUCAAACAAGUGGCCCAGGCCUACGAGGUGUUGUCCGACGCCAAGAAAAGAGACGUCUACGACCGCUACGGCGAGGCGGGAAUAGAGGGCGGCGGCGGUGGCCGCGCCAGCGGCGGCAGGCCAUUCGAGGACCCCUUUGAGUGCGUCUUCACCUUCCGGGACCCGGCCGACGUCUUCAGAGAGUUCUUCGGCGGCCGGGACCCGUUUUCGUUCGACUUCUUCGGAGACCCGCUGGAGAACUUUUUGGGGGGUCGGAGGAGAUCCCGGGGAAGCCGAAGCAGGGGGUCCGCGUCGCUCUUCUCCGCCUUCAGUGAAUUUCCAGCAUUUGGAGGUGGUUUUUCUCCUUUUGAUACGGGGUUUACCUCAUUUGAUUCCAUUGGGAAUGGGGGCCUCUCUUCCGUCUCCAUGUCCUGUGGUAGUGGGGGGACAGGCAACUUUAAAUCCAUGUCGACUUCCACCGAAAUCCUGAAUGGCAAAAUGAUCACCACCAAGAGAAUCGUGGAGAAUGGCCAAGAAAGGAUAGAAGUGGAAGAAGACGGGGAGCUGAAGUCCCUGAUCAUAAAUGGCAAAGAGCAGUUGUUAAGCAGUGACACCAAGUGA